AUGGCAAGAGCGGCAGUGUUGCGAUGUGAGGGCAAACCAGAUGAACUGAUCCUCAUUGAGCUGCAAAGCACUGUGCAGAUGGAGGACGGAUCAAAAGUAGCAGGACAAGAUCUUGGCAUUUUGGACAUCAAAGAUGGCGAUGUCACUUUGACCAAUGGACCUCGAUGCCUGCACGGCAAAAUGCAAGAGCUCAAGAGCCCAUUGGUACUGAUGGAAAAGACUGGACAGGAGGAUGCUGGCGAUGCAAUUCUUACUACACGCGGUGUUGUCAAUCGAAAGGCGGUGUUCAGUCAGCGACCACAGCUUUCUGUCUGA